AAACAAUUAUUUAAUGGUUUAUAAAUAAAAAUUGGUAAGGAGCCACAUUACAAGAUGGCCUUGGAGCUGAAGAAGUGGCUGGUGGAAGGGUUGAAGUCGUUCGAGCAAGUGAAGCAUGUUCACUGUCGCCUCUAUCGCAUGGGCCUUCACCAAGACAACUACUUCAUCAACAUCAUCUUGCGCUUUUCCUUACACUACCGCAAACUGCAAUACGCCACCGUCGUUUUCAACCAAACCAACCACCCAAACAUAUUCCUCUGGAAUACCAUGAUUCGCGGCAUGGUAUCCAACGACAGCUUCCACCACGCCGUUUCGCUCUACGCUUCCAUGCGUGAAGCUGGGUUCGUCCCCGAUAACUUCACCUUCCCUUUCGUUCUCAAAGCGUGUGCUAGGCUCUCGCAUUUCCACGUGGGUCUCAAACUGCAUUCUCUUGUUAUCAGAACUGGUUUCGAUUGUGACGUGUUUGUUAAGACCGGUCUCGUUUGUUUGUACUCUAAAUGCGGGUAUUUAAAGGAUGCACGAAAGGUGUUCGAUGAUAUUCCUAAGAAAAAUGUUGUGUCUUGGACCGCUAUCAUUUGUGGGUACAUUGAGUCUGGUUAUUGUGAAGAAGCUGUUGGUUUGUUUAGAGGGUUGUUGGAGGUGGGUUUGAGGCCUGAUAGUUUCAUGCUUGUUCGGGUUUUGUAUGCGUGUGCUCGGUUAGGGGAUUUGGUAAGUGGAAGGUGGAUUGAUGGGUUUAUGAGUGAGAAUGGUUUGCAUAAGAAUGUGUUUGUGGCCACCUCGUUGGUUGAUAUGUAUACGAAAUGUGGGAGCAUGGAGGAAGCGCGUCGUGUGUUUGACGGAAUGGUUGAGAAGGAUGUUGUUUGUUGGAGCGCCAUGAUUCAGGGUUAUGCAUCAAAUGGGCUUCCCAAGGAAGCACUUGACUUGUUCUUUGAGAUGUGGAAGGAAAAUCUGAGACCGGAUUGCUAUGCCAUAGUUGGAGUUCUGUCUGCGUGCGCAAGGUUGGGAGCAUUGGACUUGGGAAAUUGGGCUAGGGGCUUGAUGGAUGCUGAUGAGUUUUUAUCUAAUCCUGUAUUGGGUACUGCCUUGAUUGACUUGUAUUCAAAAUGUGGAAGUGUGGCACAAGCAUUGGAGGUUUUUAGAAUGAUGAAGAGGAAGGAUCGCGUGGUCUUCAAUGCUGUUAUUUCUGGGCUGGCUAUGUAUGGACAUGUUGGGGCUGCAUUUGGAGUGUUUGGCCAAAUGGAAAAGCUUGGAAUGCAGCCGGACGGGAACACUUUUGUUGGUUUACUUUGUGGGUGUACUCAUGCUGGUUUAGUUGAUGAUGGUCGUCGUUAUUUUAUUUGCAUGAGUAGUGUCUUUUCUGUAACUCCUACUAUAGAGCAUUAUGGAUGCAUGGUGGAUCUUCUAGCCCGUGCAGGUUUUUUGGUUGAAGCACAGAAUUUGAUCAAGAGUAUGCCAAUGAAGGCCAAUGCUGUUGUUUGGGGGGCACUGUUGGGGGGAUGUAGGUUACAUCGGGAUACCCAACUGGCUGAACUUGUGUUGAAGCAGCUCAUUGAGUUAGAACCAUGGAAUUCAGGACAUUAUGUUCUCUUAUCAAAUAUAUAUUCAGCAAGUCAUCGAUGGGAUGAGGCAGAAAAAAUCAGGUCAACUUUGAGUCAGAAAGGGAUGCAGAAAUUACCUGGGUGUAGUUGGGUUGAAGUUGAUGGCGUCGUUCAUGAAUUCCUUGUAGGCGACACUUCCCAUCCUUUGUCGCACAAGAUAUAUGAGAAACUUGAAAAUUUAUUUAAGGACUUGAGAGAAGCUGGCUAUAAUCCGACCACUGAGUUUGUGCUCUUUGAUAUAGAGGAGGAGGAGAAGGAGUACUUUCUUGGCUGUCAUAGUGAGAAGUUGGCUGUUGCAUUUGCACUGAUCAGUACUAGUGCCAAAGAUGUGAUUCGUGUUGUUAAAAACCUUCGGGUAUGUGGCGAUUGCCAUGAAGCUAUAAAACUUGUUUCAAAAGUUACGGGGAGAGAGAUAAUCAUUCGGGAUAAUAACAGAUUCCAUCAUUUCAGUGAAGGCUUAUGUUCUUGUCGGGAUUAUUGGUAAAAUUUUGUUGUAUUCUGAGAGAUCCAAAGUCUAAAUUCAUUGUUUGCCUCACUUCAAAAGUUGUUAGACAUCAGAGAUUCUCUUGCAUAUGUUGAAAUGGAGUUUUGUGUUCUGUCAUCAACCCUUUACAAAUGUUCUGGAUGGGGAUAAGUGAGAUCUAUGACAUUUUGCACCUUCCUUGAAUGGGGUGGAGAUCCAAGAUAGUUUUUCAGCCUUUCAGAUGGAGAAAUGGCCACUUGUUAAAUGAACCUGCAUACCUAACAUCAAUUUUUUCCCAUCUCUCAAUUGGAGGCAGUAACUUGGGUCCACCAAUGAACUUGAAAGUUUCUGUCAUCUUGGAACAUGCCAAUACUUUGCUCCAGCUUAUGAUUUAACACAAAAUGCUAAGAAUCAAGCUGGAUUCUUACAGAUUGAGUUUCUUUACACCUCUUGAGUUGUCUCUAUUGGUGCAGCCAUGAAUUCCACAAUUACACUGUUUCGAAGUUCUUAAUUAGAUAAUACAAAUGCAAAAUAUUGUAAAAGGUGGUGGAACCUAUGAUUUAACACAAAAUGCUAAGAAUCAAGCUGGAUUCUUACAGCAGAUUAUUUCAUCUGUCUUUUUCUGGUAUUUUUAUAACUAUAACUGGUUCUUUUUUUUAAUAAUAUUGUUGGUUAGGUUGCUGAAAAUGGAACAAAUUGGGUCCACCAGGUUUGCAAACUAGAGGUUUGGCCUAAAAGAGAGCCAGCCCGCCCCCUUUUAUCUGCUGCGUCAACAUCAUUAUUACUUCUAGAAUGGACAUUCUGAUCAAAGCAUUGGAUGAUACACGCAGAGUUGUUUGAGUGACAGAUAAUACUAGUGAAGCUCCUUGGAGGCCUCUACGUCCACUUCCAAAUGGCAAGAGUUGGUAAUGAUGCCCUUUACAUCUAUAUAUUGUUAAUAGCUUCCACUUUGGAAAUGAAUCCCUUUAGGAAAUAGUCUGGUGGGUUUUAUCACAGUAAUUUGGAUCCCCGGCAAUGGCCUAGAUAUUAACUAUUGCAGCUUUUGGUUUAUGAGUACAUGAAAUACGGAAGCUUGUAGGAUGUUUUGCACGACCAGAAGAAACCUGGGAUCAAAUUGAGCUUGGGCAGUGAGGAGGAAAUUGGCAUUUCUUCACUACAAUUGUAUCUGCACAUCAUUCAUAGAGACAUGGAAUCAAGCAAUAAUUUGCUUGAUGAGAACCUAAAAGCCAAUGUGUCUGAUUUUGGAAUGGAUAGGCUUAUGAGUGCUAUGGAUACCCAUUUGAGGGUGAGCACAUUGGUGGGCACAGGUGUGUGCCCCUUGACUACUAUUAGAGCUUUAGAUGCUCCACCAGAGGUGAUGUCUAUAGUUACGGUGUGGUUUUGCUGGAGCUGCUAACAGGGAGGAGCCUACUAAUUUGUCUAAUUUUGGUAAUAAUCAUCUUGUUGGAUGAGUUAAAAAGCACAUCAAGAUGAAAUUUAAGUGAUGUUUUUGACCAUGAGCUUAUGAAGGAAGACCCCAAUUUGGAGAAUGAGCUUUUGUAUCACCUAAAGGUUGCGUAUUCCUGUUUGGAUGAUCGACUUUGGAGGCGUUUGGUGAUUGGCAUUGGAGGUGUCCAACGGUGAUUCAAGUCAUGGCAAUGUUCAAGGAAAUUCAGGCAGGAUCUUGGAUCGAUUCAAGGUCAAUCAUAACCACUAAAGACAAAUAUUGGAGAGGGCUCUUGGUGAAAAUUGGGACAAAAAAUUUAUUAGGACAAAAGUUGGUUUGCGUCUUCUGUUUACACUGAAGACAAUGUCGUUUUAGAGUGAUGGUUACAUGUACAUGAUGCAUGUCACUUAAUAUGACAAUUUAAUAAAAAUUAACAUUUAUC